AUGGCUGUUCAGGGUCAAACUUGGACGGAAAUUCGAAAACAAUUAAGUGAGUUUUAUAUGAGGGUUCAGAUAAAACGUAAAAAUUCUCAUUUAUUUUUAGCGUCUUCGAAAUGGCGAGGGAUUUUGAGUUUUGAUGAGUCCUGCCCAUAUUAUAUGCAUAUUCCGACGCAGGUGAGUUUUAAUUGAUAGUUAAUUAAUAGUUUAUCGAAUUUUAUUUCAGUUUUCUCAUUUGUCAAAUGUUCUGCCGGAAGAGCAAGAAGAGAUGGUUUUCACCGAGUUGAAGCUUUUCCUUCUCGGAAAUCAGACGGAAAAUAUCCGAAUUGGGGAGCUUGAUGAAAAUAAUUUGCCAUUAUCAAUUGAUGUGAAUAUCUCGUUUGAUCCGUUUAUUAGAUCCGAAUUGGAACGUUUUCACGAAACUUUGAUUGCGAUUUCAACCAUCAAAAAAUGUUGUUUUGGUAAGUUUCGGAUUUUUGAAAGGUGUAAAAAGUUUCUAGUGGUUUUUGAAUGUCCCUUUGCCCCGAACAAUAAUUAUCCAAUUUUUUCUUUUAAGCCAUCACUAACGAUACAGUAACCUACGCGCUGAUUUCGGCUACUGUAGCAAGUGCAAUUCAGGAAAAAGUUGAUGGAUUUGUGUUGGAAGUUUGCGAGAAAUUGGACGCUCUUGGGGUAAUUUUUUCAAGAAAUAAAUCUAGAAUUCCAAAAUUUUGCAGGAUUCCACCCAACAACUGAAUAGUUUGUUUCGCGAAGUUCACACAAUUCAUGAAUCACUUGCGAUUUUCGCCGAAAUUUGUCGCAAAAUCCACGUGGAAAAGCUGAUUGGCGGACAAGUUUUGACAAUUUUGGAUGCGAAAAGACGCUUGAUUUAUGGUGGAAAUGUGCUAAAAGAUUUGAACGAUGUUUUUGCGGUGAGAAGAUUUGAAAACCUGAGUUCCUUUUUUUAAAAUUCUUUUUAAAAUUUCAGGCCGGCUGGCGAGUUUUCGCCAAAUAUAUCGGACAACUUGUGUGCAAAUUUGAAGCGGAUUUUUUGAGCUAUGAGGUGGGAUUUUGGUGAAAAUCUAUAAUGAUUACUUGAAAAAAUUAAUUAGGGCUGUAAAAAAAGUGUGUUCGGGUGCCGGAAUACACUGAAAAAAGAUCACACGAAUACACUUUCACCCGAACACACUAUUUUUUUGUGUGUAUUUUAUCAUUAAAAGUGUGUUCGUGUGUGAAAAUAGUGUGUUCGUGUGAAGUGUGUUCGGGUGAACUAUUUACAGCCCUAAAAUUAAUUGAGAAAUUUUUUUGAAUCAUUGUUUGCUUCCGAAUCGCAAUUUUGCCCAUUUCUUAAGUUUGUAAUCUGGUCCACAAAAUACAUGUCCGAACAACAAAUCAAACAACUCUCACCUAUUGCCAAACAUACCAAAAACAAUCGAUUUUUGAUAAUUGAAUCGCUUUGUCCGAAAUUCUUCACAAAAUAUUUGGAUAUUUUGGUGAGAUGCGCCGAAUUUGGUGACGUAGGAGGCGAGAAAAUUUUGACGCAAGAAAAUGGCGAAAAAAAUUGCGAUGAUAAAGAAUCGAUAAAGAAUAUGAUGGAGGAUGUGAGAAAUGUUGAUUGGCAACAAAUGGAUGUACCAACUACGGCGAGAAUGGUAGGCAAAUUUGAAGUCUAGGCUCUAUUCUGGUCUACAAAAAUCUUUUUUUUUGUUUUUCAAGCUCAUAUGGAAAAUUCUGACAAAAAUUAUGUUAAAAUUUACCAGAAAAACGUGUUUCUAACUCUACAUUUAAAGAGGAAUAUCAGCUUUUUACCCAAAAAUCACAAAACAUCUAAUUUAUAAUUUUCAGCUUCUCCAAUUUUCGCGCAAAGAAUCCACGUGUCUUCUGCGAAAAAUCACAUCGGCCACAAAUGUGGGACAAGCCAUCAAGUUAGUUUUUUCCUGAAAUUGAAAACUCAACCUGAAAUUGAAAACUCAAGCUGAAAUUAAAUUCUUUCAGAGAUAUCCACGAUUUAUUGUUGGGCGGUUCGAGUGCUCAUCAAAUUAUGAUGCAUUGCAUACAAAUGGAUAUUUUGGAAAAACCCAUUGAUGUACGCUAAUUUUUUUUCACGAAACAAAAUCAAUUUUAAAAAAUGUUUAUUUCAGGAAAUUGGUAAUAUUCGCCUGAAAAAACUGACAAAUAAAGUUUUCCACGUGGCAGCUGAAGAGGAUCAUCCAUUUUGGAAACAUAUCACAUUCCGAUUGGAAAAGCGCAAUGUUUUUGAAACUUUGGCGGCGAGAAUGCAACCUGGAAUGGCUGUGGAGCAAAAUCAGCAAUAUGUGGGUGAAAAAAAUGGUUUAUGGGGAAAUUUUUACCAGGGAAUCAGUUUGUUUUUGGUUCUCAAGGUCUCCAAAUUCGUGAUCUACCCACAAUUUUAGUCUAGAAACGCUAGAAUAAUGUAUAAGUAUAAUUGUCUAUGUUAGAUUUAGGUGCUGAUUUCGAUAAUUCAAAUUAAAAUGGAUAUUUUACUCUAGAAAACUCCGUUUUUUGCAGGCUCUUUUUGAAUGUCUAACUGUGUCCCUAAAUUGUCCCAUCGAAAUCGAGCCAAUCAUCUCAGUUUCCGCCUUCUACGGACUCGAAUCAAUUUUCCGAAUUUGGUUGCAAUUACACGUGGCAAGUUGGAAAAUUGCCAAUUUGCGCGAUAGUUUUCGUGGAAUGAUGCCGCAAAGUGGAGGCGGUGGAAGUGAAAUGACAAUUCGAAAAUUGUUGAUAAGUUCGUUGGGAUCAGAAAUCGAUGCAAUUAAAUGUCGAUGGGUUGCUUAUAUUUCGGUGGCGCUUUCGACGUAUUCUGAAAGGAUUUUGAAGGUAAUUUUGGGAUAUUUGAGCUGAAAAUUUGCCGAAAAAUUGCCUGAAAAGUCAAUUUUUCGAUGAGAAAUCAUUUUAGAACACCCAAAUUUUUAUUUCGGCAUAGAAACACACCAAUGAACGAACUUGAAAUUUUUCCAAAAUUUCCAAAAAUUCCCAAUUUUCUAGGCAAUCUCAUUGGAAGAAUACACCGAAUGUCAAGAUCAACUAAAUCGCGACGUGACUCGAAUGAUCGGAAUCACUGAACUGUCGCAAAUCGAAAUCAUCAAGGAUUUGUUGAAUAUUAUUUGGAGUUUCGAAUCGGCCGAAUCGAUUGCGGAUUUGUUGGCCGAUUUAGAAGAAGUUCAAUCGAGAGCUAGACUUGGAGCUAUUGCUGUUAAUUAA